AGGUUAUUUGAAGCGAAUCCAGGUGUGAAACACACGUUUGUCACUUUUCGAAGUGUUCCUUCAAAAGAAUUAACCAAUAGUUCCUUAUUACGAGCUCAUGCUUUACGAGUUAUGACGAUGGUUGAUAAAUGUGUGUCCAGACUUGACGAACUCGAUAAAGUUGAAGAAACUAUGAAAAGUCUUGGUAAUAGGCAUACCAAAUAUCAGGUGAUGCCGGAACACGUAGAUUUAAUGGGGCCUCAUUUUGUUCAAGCAAUUCAGAAAUGUAUGGAAAGCGAAUGGAAUAAAGAAACCGAAGACGCCUGGUAUCAAAUGUUUAAAUUAAUGACGUUCUAUAUGAAAGAGGGUUUGAAGUACCAUGAGAAAGCUUGA